GCCAGUACGCAGCAGCUCUAAGUGAAUUGAUCAAGGAAGGUGUCCAGCUGAUACCGUACGGGCGCCUGAUAAUGUGCGGGCCGGGCCGCACAGGCAAGAGCAGCUUCCUGCGAUCCCUCCUGCGUCAAGCAUUCAUGUCCCAAUUCGAUAGUACUAUCGGUGUGGAGCUGGAGAAGGUGAUAUGCACGAUCGAGAAGCAAGGGUUACAGUAUGAAUGGAAGCAAGCUGAAAAUUCUUACCAGCAGCAGUUGGCCCUGACGCACAGAGCUGUUGGACAAGAAAAACAGAAACGGAAAGCAGCAGCACUGAGACAACCAAGCGUGGAGAUCUCGCAGAAUGCCAGGUCCACAUCCUCAACGACAUCAACACCCGUAGCAUCGCCAUCCUUUGUUACUGAGGCUGAGCAAGUGAAUACAGCCAGUGUGGGUGAAUCUUCUCUCACCCAACCUGAUGACACCACCGAUACCGGGUACUCUGCUCAAUCUGCUACCAGUUCAUCUGAAACUAUGGACUCCCAAAAUGUUUCCCCUGCAUCCAAGCCAGAGAUUUCACCUAUGACUGCGCUGAAAGAAGAAACACCAGAGCAAGAUGUCCAGCAACUACAGACGGAAAUCAACUCAGCAACAUUGAAGUUCGAUAGCUUCAUUGAAGAUCUGCGGACAGGCAAAAGCGAAGUUUUCACUGCAGAACAUUUCAAGGAUUUCACUUUUAUGGAUGUCUGGGACUUUGCAGGCCAGAAGCUGUUUGCAGCGAUCCAACACAUGGUCCUGGCCUGUGAUCGGUGUGCAUAUGCUGUCGUCUUUGAUGCCUCAAAGAAGCUCCAGGCCAGAGCGAAGCCGACGUUUGGUGUAGAUGGUGAGGAACUGCCGCUUUCCAACAGUCUGGAGCAGACCAACUUUGAUGUUCUGGAGACAUGGUUCAACGCUAUCCACGAGGUCAUUGGAGACAGCGACAACGUACCCGUGUUUGCCAUUGGCACUCAUGUGGACAAGUUACCAAAGAAUCCAGAAGCAAGGAAGAAGGCAACUGAAGAGAUAAAGAAGUACAUAUGGGCCAAUGCAGAGGGAAAAGCAUACGCCAACAACAUCGACAAGGUGGUAUUUGUGGACAACACACGAGCUGGUAAAGAUCCGGAAGACCCAGCAGUUGUUCAGCUACGGCAAGACAUCAUCCAGCAGCUGCAGCAUCAGUUCAAUGUUCCAAUACCAAUCCGCUGGCUUCCUGUGACCAUUUCCAUUGGGCACAUUGCAAAAUCGUUUGAACGACCAUGGUUAUCGGUUGAAGAGCUACGUCGCUUAGCUAUUGCUGUUGGUAGCAUCUCCAGUGAUGAUUCUGAGUCCGAUUUCCAGGAGAUGGUGAAGUUCCACCAUGGUCUUGGUCAUGUGCUUCACUUUGUUCACAACGCCCGUCUUCGUGAUCGUGUGAUCAUUGACAUCCACUGGGUUCUGAAGACUAUGUCGCUGCUCUUCUGUCCUGAACCAAAGGAUUUGCAGAGCAAACGUCUUCGUCCACAGUACGACUUGCUGACACAGAGUGGCAUCCUCCUGGAAAGUCUUGCCAUGCACCGUUGGUCACAGCACAAUCGCAUGACAUCACGCUACACGGCCACAGAAGAACAGCGUGAUUUCCUGUUUGAGAUGGGUGAGCACUUUGCCCUGUUCUACAACACCAAGACAACUGUGAGCGUGCCUGGUCAGAGAAAGGAGGUGACAACUCGCAAGUUCUUUGUGCCAGCUCUGGUGGAACGAGUUGCACGUCUUCAAGAUGAAGCAAGCAAAGGCAAGCCAAGUCCAGCUAUGUACCUGUACAGUGGUGCUGAUCGUUACUUUCCACAAACCCUGUUCUGGUGUGGUGUUGUGAGGUGUAUGCAACGCUACAGUCCAAAGGUGGAUCCAAUCCUCUAUCACACAUCAGCACGUAUUCUGGUGAAGGAUCGUUUCUGGCUGGUCAUGCGGUACUUCCAGCAUGGUAUUCGCCUCUCACUUGAGAUUCCUGUUGAUGCUCGACCAACUGCUAAGUCUUCGAUCGCCAGUGCUACUCCUGUUGCUGCUGCCAGUGUGGGAAAGUCAGUUGAGUCCGCUGGCAUUGGAGCUGCUGAAAGCGAGGAUGUGUCAGAAGCUAUCAAGCUUUGUCAUGAGCUUCUACCAUACCUGGAGUCAGAGCUUGACAAUCUGAAGGCAUUCUCGCUGACUCAUGUGAAGUUUAGCAGAGCUGUUCGCUGUCCAUGCUCGUUCAGUCGAGAUGCGUGUCGCAAGCACAAGAAGAAGGGUUGUGCAGAGAUUGGCUGUCAGCACUUUGCUCCAUUGGUGGAGGGAUUGCGCCCACGUUGUACUCUCGGGGCACGUCCGUCCGUGGAUAUCAGCGACGUAAGGCAAUACUGGCCAUGCUUUGCCGAAGACACACAUACUGUGGAGAGUGUGGAUGAGAAGGAUUGCCCAUCAGACCCGGUGACGGUAGUUGGAGAUGCUACUUCAAAUACUGGAGGAUUGCCUACAUUUCAGCCACCCACCAAGGAUGUGCCGAAGAGGGCUGUACUCUAUCACAAAGCAUUACGCAAACACUGCCUGGCAGUGAAGCGCUGCAAGGAGAUCAGUGUGGUUGAGUCUGUGGAGAGCUUGCGAGCUGAAGGUCAUGUCAGUGAUGAUUGUGUGAAGGAAGCGAGAGCUCUGAUGAAGGCAAGUGGACACACUGAAGCUCUGGAUCACCUUUGCUGUGUCCUGGAGGAGCUGUCGGACGAAGGCAUGUGUUACUUUGUGGAGCGUGUACUACCAUUUCAAGGUCUGUCUCAGCUGGUGGAAACAUUCCAAGCUUGUCCCGGUCCUGGAAAGUGCACUCUGAAUCACCAUGAUCUCCACACUGCUGCCAGUGCUGAUGUCAAAGGGAAAGUGUUGGAUGAAGCGGUUGACACUGCAAGUGGUACUUCUUCUUCACUGAAAGACAAGGUGAAGACCGGGAUGUCUGAGCUUCACCAGGAAGUACUGCGUUCAAGCUAUGUGGAGUUGAAGUGUAGUUUGGACGUAGAAGAGGGCAUUCUGGACCGUCUCUAUGCAGAGAGCAUCAUCACCCAGCGCUUCUGCAAGAAACUCCGUGCUAUGGAUGAUCGUGAAGACCAGGCAUCUGUCUUCUUGGAAGCACUGCCAGGCUGUGGCAAGCAGGCAUUCCGUCAGUUUGUGUCUGCUCUGAAAGAGAGUGAGAAGCUGGCCCACCAGGAGCUGGCUGAUCUCCUCAAGGAGAAGCUGCUGGAGAUGACCUCUGGUCUGUGAAGGUUACUCUGCCAUGAGCUGCUAUGUACCCACAACGAGCUGCAUCAUUGGAUGGUGUGUGCAGACUCUACUGAACGGUCGUAUUGUUUCUGAUCAAGUUUGUUCCGGUCUUCCAAGACCUUUUCUAGGUAUGUUUCUUUUAUGCUGUCUUGAACUCUUGGCUUGCAUUCUAACUGGUGUAGAUAAGAAUGAAAUAAACUUUACUUUAUCCUGUAUUUUGCAAGAAUAUUCUCCAAGUGAAAUGGUUGACGAUUCAAGUUAGAGUAUGAUAAAAUCCACACUGCACUGCACUGCCAGUUUGUAUUUGCUAUCUAUAUUGUAAGCUUUGGCGCACGGACACAUGAUACCUUUUGAGAUACAUUUGGAGCUGCUCAGUUGUGCUGAAGACCUACCUGGUGGCAUUUUUAUAAUUUUUUUAAAUUAUUAUGAUUCUGUGGGUCUACACAGUACGUUGAGUGCACUCUUUUCUGUGAGUCUACUGAGUUUUAAAGUUAUUUGUCGGUUUCUCCGCGUCUUACGUACAUUAAUUAAAAGCUUCCAGAAGUUGAAGUGUGCUGUAUGUUUCGAGCUACAAUGUUCUGAUGUCUUUGACUCACGUUUCCUUUUAGCAGAGCUUAUAGUUUUGUUUUCGCUCUAGAGAUUAGCCUGUGUUCUUUCACACUUGUAGUCAACAUAGAAUUUCUGACUAACUGAGGAAAACAUACUCAACGGCACGUUCACCUCAGAAAGUUGCAUUGCCAGAGAAUAGGUAUAUGGAGAGGCACUCGCAUUGCAAGUAGUUCGUACCGAAGUAUCGUAUGGACUUGUACGGUACAUGAUUGUAUUGCUUUUUGUUUUUUCGGAUCGCUGUGCUUGGCGGCAUCACACAGUUAUCAUGAAUAUGAAUUACCGGUAUCACAAUGAGGAAUACCUCAUUAGUGCAUCACAAAGAUGGCUGACUGUUCCUGGUCACUAUGUUGAA